AUGCCCCUCCAUCCCCAAGACGAAGUGCAAUCUCAAUCUCUCUCUGAUCCCCAAUCCUUCUGGGCGAAACAAGCUUCCCAUUUGCACUGGCAUAAGCCACCAGCCCAGAUCCUAACUGUGAAAACAAAGACGUUGAAAUCAGGUACUUCGCAUAAACAUUGGGAAUGGUUUGGGGAUGGAGAAAUAAAUACUUGUUACAACUGUGUGGAUAGACAUGUUUUGGCAGGAAAUGGGGAAGAAACGGCGAUUAUAUGGGAUAGUCCUGUUACAGGAUGUAAGGAGAAGAUUAGCUAUAAAAAUUUGUUGAAGGAGGUGGAAGUUUUCGCGGGGGUUUUGAGAGAGGAGGGGGUAGGGAAGGGGGAUGUAGUUUUGGUUUACAUGCCCAUGAUUCCCGCAGCUCUCAUAGGUACCCUCGCAAUAUCUCGUCUCGGUGCUAUUCAUGCCGUCGUAUUUGGAGGAUUUGCUCCAGCAAGCUUGGCGCAACGAAUUGAAGCCUCUAAGCCAGUAGCUAUUCUCACAGCCUCUUGUGGAAUUGAUGGAGCAAAACCUCCUCUAUCAUACCAACCAUUUAUCCGAGAAGCCAUUGCCCUCUCGUCUCAUAAACCCAAUAAAACUAUUAUAUGGCAACGCGAACAACUACGAUGGGAGAAUCCCAAUAAGGAAAACGGCGAGAGGAAUUGGCAAAGAUUAGUCAAAAGUGCUGGUUCCAGAGGAGUCAAAGCAGAUUGCGUACCUAUAAAGAGUACAGAUGGUCUCUAUAUCAUCUAUACAUCUGGAACAACCGGUCUACCUAAAGGUGUGUUACGAGAAGCGGGUUGUCACGCGGUCGGUUUAAACCUAUCUAUUCGUUAUAUAUUUGGUAUUCAUGGACCUGGAGAUGUAAUAUUUUGCGCAUCCGAUAUUGGGUGGGUAGUUGGUCACUCAUAUAUUUUAUACGCACCGCUCUUAGCUGGUGCCACGACUGUCCUCUUUGAGGGAAAACCAGUAGGAACACCGAAUGCGGGAACAUUUUGGAGGAUCAUCGAUGAAUAUAAAGUCAAUACCCUUUUUACAGCACCAACAGCUCUUCGAGCUAUCCGUCGCGACGAUCCGGAAAAUAAAUUAUUCAGGGAAAUUGGAGAAAAGGGUGGACUUCAGAAUUUCCGUGCGUUAUUCCUUGCUGGCGAAAGAAGUGAACCGAGUAUCGUCAACAUGUAUCAAGAGCUUCUCACAAAAUAUGCGGCAAAGGGUGCUAAUGUAAUUGAUAAUUGGUGGUCAUCGGAAUCAGGAAGUCCUAUGACCGGAAUUGCACUCUCGCCUCAAAGCGCAUUAUCCCGUACUUAUACCCAUGAAACCACACCAGUCCUUCCUAUUAAGCCUGGGAGUGCUGGUAAACCUCUCCCGGGAUUCGAUGUCCGCAUCGUAGAUGAUAACGGCAAGGAAGUUCCACGUGGGACAAUGGGUAAUAUCGUUCUUGGGAUUCCUCUAGCACCAACAGGAUUUAGAACGUUAUGGAAUGAUGAAGAAAGAUUUUAUAAGGGAUAUAUGAAGCGGUUUGAUGGGAAAUGGAUUGAUACGGGAGAUGCGGGUGUUAUAGAUGAAGGAGGUUGGGUUAGUGUAAUGAGUCGAAGUGAUGAUAUUAUCAAUGUGGCAGCUCAUCGUUUUAGCACUGGUGCAAUCGAACAAGCAAUCUCAACACAUCCCCUCAUAACCGAAUGCUGCGUAGUCGGUAUCCCUGAUCCUCUCAAAGGACAUAUGCCAUUUGCAUUCAUAACACUUUCCACGCCUACUCAUCCCGCAUCCGCAAUUCCACAUGCAGACUUGGAGAAAGAAAUCCAGGGGCUGGUGAGGAAACAAAUCGGGGCGAUUGCUAGUCUAGGAGGAAUUAUUCAGGGUAGAAAUAUGAUUCCUAAAACACGAAGUGGCAAAACUUUGAGGAGGGUUUUGAGGGAAUUGUUGGAAAAUGAAUAUCAUGGUGAGGGGGGGAAGAGUGUUAAUGUUCCGGCGACGAUUGAAGAUGAGAGUGUAAUUGAGGUUGCGAGAGGGAAAGUUAGAGAGUACUUUGAGAUUAAGGGGAGAGGAGAUGGAAGAGCUAGGGAGGAGAUUGAGAGGGCGAAAUUAUAG